AUGCAGAGAGUCGAGUCCAACCGUCCCAUGUUUGCCAUGGUAUGCGCCAACAACGUGAAUCGGAGCGCCGCUGCCCAUGAGAUUCUCAACGCUGCGGGACUGCGCGUGUGCUCAUACGGCGCCGGCCGUCAGGUGACAUUUCCCUGUCGAACUAGUUCCGAGUCGCGUACGUUCAGGUUCCUCACCCCAUACUUGGCCAUGCACAGCGUUCUCAAGAAGGAGGACGCUGCGCUUUUCACGGACAAUGGCGUGCUUGAGAUCCUGGAGCGGGAUAUGUCAAUUAAAAAGGCGCCGGAGCGCUGGCAGAACCUCAGUGAAAAGCAGCUCGUCGGUAUCGACGUGGUGGUGUGUCUAGACUACUCCAUGUUCCUCACUGUGCUUGAAGACAUCCAGAUGCGAAUCCGACUGCAUUUCAACCCCAAGCAGCUUCACAUCAUUUGCCUCGAUACGGAAGAUACGUCAGGGGAGGCCUUAGCAGGCGGCAAACGUGUGCUCGACCUGUGUCGCAAGCUCAACGUUCCAGUGGACGAGCUCACGGAGGAGUUUGUCAAGUCGAUAGUGGAAAAGUUUGAAAAGGAACACGGUCAGCAAAUUUUUUAUGUAGGAAUGCACAUGUAG